AUGGGAGAUAGUUACCAUCUAAUUCCCAUUGUGUUUUCUCAAGCAAAGGGAGUUGCUGUGUGGGAUCCAGAGGGAAACAAAUAUCUUGAUUUCUUAUCUGCUUAUUCUGCUGUUAAUCAGACCAAGUUUCUCCUCCCAGAUAGUGGAGAAAAGUGGGUAAUGCAAGCUAUUCGAGAUGCUUGGAAGCGGUUCAAAGGAAAGAUUAAGCAAAAGCACUUCGUUCCCUAUGAUACUAUUGAAGAUAUGGUGAAGAAUCGACCCCCACAAGUACCUGAAAGUGGGUUUAGGGGAUACCCGGGUAAUACUUACUUGUUCAAUGAGAAUGCUACUAUGUUGGAAAUUGAACUCGACAUAGUUGUGAAAAAACUGAACAGGUGCUCCAAUUCAAUAAGUCAAAGAAACAAGCAACACAAGGAAAAUGUGAAGUUUCCACAUCGCAUGGGGCCAAUUAAUUUCGGAAGAGUACGAGUGGCUAUGCGAGCAACAAAGGAAACAAAGGAGGAGCCAAAAAGGUUUGAGAUGUUCAUUGUUACCCGAACAAGUCGGAAGAGGAAAGAAGUGGAUGAGGAAACACAAACUGCUGUUGAAGACUUCCAACACCGCCAAGUUGUUGGUGAAACAGAAGAGGAAGCAUUUGAGGCCAUAUUCGGGAAAGAACAACCAGGUCGGGUAAGGUUGUAUGGAAGAUCUGUGACAAAGACUGAUUUAAAAAAACAUGCUGAAAUUAAUGAAAUCAAGAAUCAGCACAAAGAGGAAGUGUCCAGUCUGAAGGAUAAACUUGGACACAUGGAGGCCCAACAGCAAAAACAAGAGGCCAAACAGCAAAAACAAGACGAAGAAAUUCAUGGGUUGCGAAAUAUGAUCAAGUUAUUACUGCAGCGAUCAGAACCUGGAAUGAGGCCAGAAGAACUAGAAGCUUUAUUACAAGACGCCCAACAGUCUCCUAUUGAUGCGAAUAGCAGCCAUGGAUCAACACAUUUUCCGAACUUAGAUGUGGGUAACAAUGAAGAUUAA